AAGAGGAAAAAAAAUAUCUUCUCUGUCUCCCUUUCCUCCUGUCCUUCCAUAUCAAAAAUAAACGAAACGAAGAAGAAGGAAAUUGCAUAGAUCAGAAAGAAAAGAAAAUCGAGACAAUUUGAAGACAGGAAAUGCGUCCUUCUUGGAGCCUCAUCUUAUACGCACUGCUUGUUUUAUUGACUGCACAAGGGAAUAAUGCCAGGAAGAUUAUUUCUCUUGGAAAUGGGAAAGACAACAAUGAAGACUUGAUUGAUUUGUAUCAAGGCAAUGAGCAUGAUCAUGAUCAUUCAACAUCAUCAUCCCACAUGCAUCACAUGGACACUGCACUACUAAAUGUUUUCUUCACCCCAAAAGAUCUCAAGCUAGGGAAAACCAUGCCCAUAUACUUUUCCAAAAAUGACCCUUCUACAUCUCCUAGAAUAUUGCCUAGAGAAGAAGCUGCUUCCAUUCCUUUCUCAAUCUCAAAACUCCCCUACCUUCUUGAAUUUUUCUCCUUCACCCAAGGCUCUCCCCAAGCCAAGGCCAUUGAAUACACAUUGACCCAAUGUGAGCUUGAACCCAUCAAAGGAGAGGUCAAGUUUUGUGCUGCCUCCAUAGAAUCCAUGCUUGAUCUUGUAGGUGCCCUCUUUGGAUCAAGCACCAAGUUCAAGGUCUUAACCACAUCCCAACUCAAAAACUCAACUACCCUUUUGCAAAACUACACCGUUUUGGAAGCUCCCAAGGAGAUCUUGGCUCCUAAAAUGAUUGGAUGCCACACCAUGCCUUACCCUUAUGCAGUUUUCUAUUGCCAUAGCCAAGAAAGUGAGAACAGGCUGUAUCAAGUUUUGCUUGGUGGUGAGAAUGGAGAGAGAGUUGAAGCUGCUGCUGUUUGCCACUUUGAUACUUCUCAGUGGGACCCUAGCCAUGCGGCAUUCAGUGUGCUUGAUGUUCAACCUGGGAGCUCCCCUGUCUGCCAUUUCUUUCCUGCUGAUAAUCUUGUUUGGGUGCCACUGCCAGCUUAA